AUGAUCUGGAAGCGGAAGAGCUCCGGGCGAGCUGGCGGCGACAGCUGCAGCGGCAGGGACGAGAUGCGGGAACGGCUGAUCCACCCCGCCGCCGCCGCGGGGUGCGUGCCGCCGGGCUGCGUGGCGGUGCUGGUGGGCGGGGGCGAGGAGCCGGAGCGGGUGGUGGUGGACGUGCGCGCGCUGGCGCAGCCCUGCGUGCGGGCGCUGCUGGAGGCGGCGCAGCGGGAGUUUGGGUUCGACCAGAAGGGCGUGCUCCGGAUCCCUUGCGCCGCCGACGAGUUCCGGCGAGCCGUCGCCGCCGGCGGCCACCGGUGCAGGCGGUAG